AUGUCGGUCGGGAUCGACUUUUCCCAACCCCAAGCUCUCGAGCUCGGCCGGACACCGUCCCAGCCUAGCCUUACGAACACUUCAACAACCGCUUCGGACUCGGACGCGGCCCGGCCCCACAUUCCCAUGACCCCGCCCAUGCCCAGCAUGUUGUCACACGAGGUGUCCGAGGAGCUUGCACGUCGGGAGCAAGAGGUGGAGAGGUGGGACCUCCCACCUGUGCCCUCCAUUCCCGUCAUGUACAAGACACCGGCAGUGCCCGCGGGUCUUGCCAUGUCUGUCGUGCCACCGGCAGGCCACAGUGACCAUGAGCAGCGAAGUGGCGGUAACACUGGUGUGCGGGGUGGCCCCGCAGGGCCCUCAGCGCGUAGCACCAAGGGCCUGUCAAUGUUCUUCCGCAAGCUCACUGGCCGUGGCAAGAAGGAGGCAGAGCCACCACUGCCCACCUACACUACUGCUCGCCACCAUCACCACGCACAGUACCACAACAACACCGCCGCCGAGCCUGUGGGUUCCGCCUCAAGGAGAAUGUCCAGGCGCGGCCCACCAGCAUACCCCGUUCCGCAGGUGUCUGCCCCGGCUCGCGUGCGGGGUGUACUCGCCGAGAUGGACGCGUCGUCGGCAGCAAUUCAACGCCGCCACACGGCCCGCAAGAGUAUGAUCAAGCGCGUCCCAGUCCCCAACUUGGGUGCCAGUGACGACGAGGAGCAAGAGCCCAUUGCCGAUCCAGAUGACACCCCUGCACCCAUGGACCCACCUGUGCAGCCUGAGAGCGCUGCCGACGCUCGCGCGGCGGCUCUCGCCGCUCUCGAGGGCACUCCCCGUCCCCGUGCCCAGCCUGUACCGCCACACCGCACGCCCUCUCCCGGACCCAUGGCCAGUUCUGUUCCAGACACAGAGGCACCGGUCACGCCCCCGUCCGAGGCGAUCGAGGUGUUCCAGCAGGCAUCGGUCGUUAGCUCUGAGAUCGAGGAACAUGAGGAGCGCCAAGCCCGUCGCCCACUCCUCGAGGUUGGCGACGCCGCGUUGCCAGAGGAGCCCAUCCUCAAGACGGCCGUCAUGGCAUCACCAAUCCUUACCCAGGUUGUCGUCAUGGAGCCCCAUGACGUGGACAGUGCGGCCGCCGUGGACGCCCCGGCACGUACUCCGCAGAUGAAGAUUGUGUCCCGCCGUUCAUUCUCUGGACAACCAGUGGGUCCUGGCGACUUGGGCACGUUCGGCGGCAGCCUUGGUCGCCUGCCAAAGGGGCGCAAGAAGCUGUCCGACUUUGCGUUUGACAAGCCUGCCGCCGACUCGGACGACUCGGACGACGAGGGUGCCGACGUUGUCCGGCCCCUUCAGCUGCGCAUCCCGCCACGCUCGGCGACCUUGUCAACGGUUGGCUCCUCUGGCGACGCGCUGCGUACCCCGCGCACACCUGUGAGCAUGAGCGGCGACACGCCGACGAGCUCUAGCUUUGACCACGCGUCAAUCGCCGGCGGCCACCUCAGCAGUGUUGGCCAUGGCUCAACCGAGACCACGUCGGUCGCUGCCACCGGCCGCAACUACGGCAGUAGCACAGGUCACUCGAUCUGGGACUCACAGCCGACCUCGCCAGUGACACCGCUUUCAGCGUCGUCGCCUCGCGAUGUGCGUUUCGCAGGCAGCUCCCCGCCCCGUGUCGCUGCUGUGGGCGACGGAAUCAGCUCCGACAGCCACAGUCGUGCUGCGCGUUUCCGUGCCGCAGGCCAGAGCCUGGGCCGCAAGCUCAGCACGCGGCCCGCUGCCCCCAAGCAGCCACCCACGAGCCACGACGCGUGUGUCGAGAAGCAACGCCAGCUGGCCAACCGCCGCCAGAGUUGCCGCCCGACGCUCCACUCGAACGCCAGUAUCGCGGCAGAGAUGCGCGAGGUUCGCAACAAGGACGAUGUGCAUACCAUGGAGACGUUCUUCAUGUCAUGA